AUGGAAUUAAAAUCUGUCGAGUUAAAUAUUAACAAUAGUGUUUUAUGUAUUAACUACACAAUGCUUAUGACAAUGGUUGAUGGAAAGGUUAUAAAUACAUUGACCGAAACUUCGAGUCAACUUUGUUAUAUUUGUAAAUGUAACCCAACUAACAUGAAUGAUUUGGAUAACAUAAAACGUUUUGUAGUUAAUGAAGAUAAUGUUAAGUAUGGAAUGUCAAGUUUACACGCGUGGAUAAAAUUUUUAGAAUUAGUAUUGCACAUUGCGUAUAAAUUAGAAUCGGCUCCUACUACGAAACGAACAACUUCCGAACAAAAGAAGAAAAUUGAGGAAAAAAAGAAGGAAAUACAAUUUCGUCUUUGGAAUGAAUUAGGUAUUAAAGUUGAUAAAGUUGUUCAGGGUAGAGGUACGUCUAAUACAGGAAAUGUAGCUAGACGGUUUUUUAGGAACACAGAAAAAGUUGCUGAAAUCACUGGAAUCAAUUUAAAUUUAUUAAACCGAUUCUCAACUAUUUUAACAGUUAUUUCUUGUGGUUCUGAAAUAAAUUAUGAUGAAUUCGAAAAUUAUGCAAAAGAUACUGCAGAACUUUAUGUCAAACAUUAUAAUUGGUACAGAAUGCCACCAAGUAUACACAAAAUUUUAAUUCAUGGCUCAUUAAUUAUAAAAAAUGCUCUUGUACCGAUUGGGCAGUUGUCGGAAGAGGCUCAAGAGGCAAGUAAUAAAAACUACAAUCGAUUCAGAGAACAUCAUUCUCGAAAAUCAUCACGUAUUCAUACAAAUACAGAUAUUUUUAAUUUCUUAUUAGUGUCAUCUGAUCCAUUAAUUACAAGUUUAAGAACACAACCUAACAAAUCACAUACUAAAUUACCUCCAGAAGCCAUUCAUUUACUUAACAUCGAAAGCUCAGAACUGAAUGAAAUAGAAACUAGUGAUGGUGAAAUAAAUAGUAGUUAUUCUGAAUAA